AUGUUCCUACUAUGUCUACCAUCAAUAUUUACAACAUACCUAGGUAUAUUCUACACUGUACUAUCUGUAGUUGCUGUGGUAAUAGGACAGUAUGGUGUAACCAAUAGACAAAAGGGUGCUACUAUUGUUUAUUGUUCAAUAUCAGAGUUAUGUUUCUUCUUGGCAUCGUACAAUAUGUUUGAGUUCAUGGUUGACGAUAGCUCCUGGUUGAAAUUCCCUCAAUGGGCAAAGAUACUGGUCUUGAUGUUUGUUUUGGACACCAACCAGUUGUAUUGUAUCAAAUUAAGUCUUGACUUAUUCAAAGAUCCUGAAAAGACACAACUCCUGCUUGAUAUCGAGAUAUCUGACCUUCCCAAGCCAGAGUACCAGACGUUUGACUACUCCUCCAACUCAUCAUCAUAUAUUUACAAUUCCUCUUCCUCUGCUGCCCCUGCUGCUGGUUCACCUGAUUAG